AUGUCUUCUUCAUCCACAAAGGCAGUCGUGGCACCUCUUCCGCCACCAACAACCUCUAUAUUUCAGCCGGACCUCUUCAAGGACAAGGUCCUCUUCUGCACGGGCGGAGGUUCGGGAAUAUGCAAAGUCAUUGUCAAAACCAUGAUGGAACUCGGAGCGAAUGCAGCCAUAUUAGGCCGAAACGCCGUCCGCCUCGAGGCCGCCGCAGCAGAGAUGGGCCGUGCUACCGGAAGGGAAUGUAUCCCCGUUCCCGGAGACGUGAGAAGGUACGCCGAUCUCGAGGCGGCGGUGGCAAAAACCGUUGAACGGUUUGGGAGGAUUGACUAUGUCGUCUGUGGUGCCGCUGGAAACUUUCUGGCACCCAUCUCCGGUCUCUCCUCCAACGCAUUCCGAACCGUCGUUGAGAUUGAUACCAUUGGCACAUAUAACACUGUCAAGGCAACACUCAAUCACGUUCGUGCUACCAGGGGCUCGUACAUUCACAUCUCGGCCACCCUUCAAUAUCGUGGUACACCUUCCCAAGCACAUGUUGCCGCUGCAAAGGCCGGUGUUGACGGAAUCAGUCGUGUUCUGGCUGUAGAAGAGGGACCAAGAGGUGUACGAAGCAACGUAAUUGCCCCGGGACUCACUGAUAGCACAGAGGGGAUUAGCAGACUUGGUGCUCGAAAGUCUGAUGGGUCCGUCGAGACAGGCGAAUCACUAGUCCCUCUCCAACGACUCGGCAAGUCGAUCGAAAUCGCACAUGCUGCCGUAUUUCUCUUCUCUGAAGCAGCCAACUUUAUUACGGGACAGGUUCUCGCCGUCGACGGAGGCUCAGAGCACACUCGUUCCACUCCUUUGCCCUAUCCCAUCAGCGUACUAGACCCCGAGGGUGUCAAAUCGAUGAUUCGCGGCAAGCUGUAG